CGUCAGGGAGGGGCGGGGCGGCUCUGCUAAUGCUGCGGCGGCCGCAGUAGGGGCCGGAGUGGGCAGCAGGGUUAAAAUUCCACUCCUGGUUUGACCGACACUUGCCUUUCAUCAUGGGGGAGCUUUUCCGAAGUGAGGAGAUGACCCUGGCCCAGCUUUUCCUCCAGUCGGAAGCUGCAUACUGUUGUGUCAGCGAGUUAGGAGAGCUUGGGAAGGUUCAGUUUCGUGAUUUGAACCCUGAUGUGAAUGUGUUCCAGCGUAAAUUUGUUAACGAAGUCAGGAGAUGUGAGGAGAUGGACCGGAAACUCAGGUUUGUUGAGAAGGAGAUUAAAAAAGCGAACAUCCCAAUCCUGGACACCGGUGAGAACCCAGAGGUGCCUUUCCCACGGGACAUGAUCGAUUUAGAGGCAAACUUUGAAAAAAUUGAAAAUGAGCUUAAAGAGAUCAACACAAACCAGGAAGCUCUGAAGAGAAACUUCCUAGAGCUGACAGAAUUAAAAUGUAUACUGCGCAAAACUCAGCAGUUUUUUGAUGAGGCUGAAUUGCAUCAUCAGCAGAUGGCGGAUCCAGACCUGCUGGAGGAAUCCUCUUCGCUCCUGGAGCCGAGUGAGAUCGGAAGAGCUGCCCCUCUACGACUUGGAUUUGUGGCCGGCGUGAUCAACCGUGAGCGAAUCCCUACCUUUGAGCGCAUGUUGUGGCGAGUGUGUCGAGGAAACGUAUUCCUGCGUCAGGCUGAAAUCGAAACCCCCCUGGAAGAUCCUGUGACGGGAGACUACGUGCACAAGUCUGUGUUUAUUAUUUUUUUCCAAGGUGAUCAGCUGAAAAAUAGAGUCAAGAAAAUCUGUGAAGGGUUCCGUGCCUCCCUCUACCCUUGCCCAGAGACACCACAGGAGAGGAAGGAAAUGGCUUCUGGAGUCAAUACGAGGAUUGACGAUCUUCAAAUGGUGCUGAACCAAACAGAGGAUCAUCGCCAGCGGGUCCUGCAGGCAGCUGCUAAAAAUAUCCGUGUCUGGUUCAUCAAAGUGCGGAAGAUGAAGGCUAUCUACCAUACCCUGAACCUGUGUAACAUUGACGUGACCCAGAAGUGUUUGAUUGCUGAAGUCUGGUGCCCUGUCGCUGACCUCGAUUCCAUCCAGUUUGCUCUCAGAAGAGGCACUGAGCACAGCGGAUCCACUGUUCCAUCCAUCCUGAAUAGGAUGCAAACCAAUCAGACCCCGCCGACUUACAACAAAACCAACAAGUUCACUUCUGGCUUUCAGAAUAUAGUAGAUGCAUAUGGCAUUGGAACUUACCGGGAGAUAAAUCCAGCUCCGUACACGAUUAUCACUUUCCCAUUCCUGUUUGCUGUGAUGUUUGGAGACUUUGGUCAUGGAAUCCUGAUGACGUUAAUUGCCGUGUGGAUGGUGGUUAGGGAAAGUCGCAUUCUGUCACAGAAGAAUGACAAUGAGAUGUUCAACACCAUUUUUAGUGGUCGGUACAUCAUUCUGCUAAUGGGAGUGUUCUCUAUGUACACUGGCCUUAUCUACAAUGACUGCUUCUCCAAAGCGCUUAAUAUGUUUGGCUCAUCAUGGAGCGUCCGGCCGAUGUUCUCGAAAGGCAACUGGACAGCAGAGUUGGUUCAGAACACCCCUGUCCUGCAGCUGAAUCCUGCCGUGGCAGGGGUCUUUGGUGGACCAUAUCCAUUUGGCAUCGACCCGAUUUGGAAUAUUGCAAGCAACAAGCUGAACUUCCUCAACUCCUUUAAGAUGAAGAUGUCUGUGAUUCUUGGCAUCAUCCACAUGCUUUUUGGUGUCACACUGAGCCUUCUCAACCACAUCUAUUUCAAGAAACCACUGAACAUCUAUCUUGGGUUUAUUCCUGAAAUGAUUUUCAUGUCAUCAUUGUUUGGCUACCUUGUUAUCCUAAUUUUCUACAAAUGGUCGGCCUAUGAUGUUCACACUUCAAAGGAUGCGCCAAGCCUUCUAAUCCAUUUUAUCAACAUGUUUCUUUUCUCCUAUGCCGAUCCCAGUAACAAGAUGCUUUAUAAAGGACAGGUGGGGCUUCAGUGCUUCCUGGUGGUUGUCGCGCUGCUGUGUGUGCCAUGGAUGCUGGUAGUUAAACCCUUGGUCCUUCGCCAUCAAUAUUUAAGAAGAAAGCAUUUGGAAGGGCAACCCAUGGAGGGCCAAGUCAGCACAGUCCAGAACGCGCAGGCACUGGAGGCAGCAGCAGCUGCAACAGGAACUCACAACUUCGGUGGGAUCCGGGUGGGCAAUGGACCAACUGAGGAGGAUGCAGAGAUCAUUCAGCAUGACCAGCUUUCUACCCAUUCUGAAGAUGGGGAUGAGCCUGCAGAGGAUGAGGUGUUUGAUUUUGGGGAUACGGUGGUACAUCAGGCCAUCCAUACCAUUGAGUAUUGCCUGGGGUGCAUUUCCAACACAGCAUCCUACCUGCGGCUUUGGGCGCUCAGCCUGGCCCAUGCACAGCUUUCCGAGGUGCUCUGGACUAUGGUGAUCCACUUUGGCCUCAGUGUGAGAAGUUUGGCUGGAGGUUUUGCUUUGUUCUUCAUAUUUGUUGCUUUCGCUACCUUGACUGUGGCAAUCCUUCUGAUCAUGGAGGGCCUGUCGGCGUUCCUUCAUGCGCUCCGUUUGCACUGGGUUGAGUUCCAGAAUAAGUUCUACAUUGGCACUGGAUUCAAGUUUCUCCCGUUCUCAUUUGACAACAUCCGUGAAGGAAAAUUGGAUGAUUAGACCCUCCCCCUCAGCCUAACUAAGCAGUGUUAGACUCGAAUGCUGGUGUGUUGUGCUGUGGUUAGCCCUUGUCCCCUGUGUGUUUGUGUUGUGAAGUUGUGUGUAGCUCCCCUGCCAUGAUGUGCUGCUUCUGAGAAAAUAACUUCUUCUGCAGCGCCCGAAGUAUCUGUCUGAGGCUGUUAAGUGGAGAGCUGUGAUGUCCUAUAGCAGGCUUAGCUAACAUUGCUUCAGAGUCACUCCUUUCCGCCCUAAGCAAACAGCUUGUUCAGUGUUGGACGUGUUUACAGUGGGGGUUGCAUAGGAAUUGUCUGGACUUGGUGUAUUUAAUCAUGUAUCGGUUUAUGAUAUUGUACCGUAAGUAGCUCCUUGGCAGAUUCCCGUAAAGCCUCCUAUUGCAUAAGGAACAAGAUGUGCAAACUUCGGCCUGCCUGUAGCCCAGCUAAUCUGAGGGAAGCAUUUAGAGGGAAGAGUCUGAUGUCUUUGCUGCCUCUGUUUAGACAAACUGAGAUCCGCUGAUGCACAGAGGGGUCUUGGGGAAAGCUGGGGCCAUGUGCAACCCAGAGCAGUCCCUAUUGCUUCCACACAUGCAGUAUUCUUACUUUGCUUGAGUGAGGUGUUCUUGUGAAUGGUGCUCUCCUCACACCAUACUGCUGCGUGCGUCCUAGCUCAGGGAGCCGGGGACAACAGAGCACACUUCCCUCCCUCGGCUGUAGCCUUCUUCCGUCUGCAGUUGCAGUUUCUAGCCUGCAGCAUUCUUUCCCACUGCCUGGUGCUGGGGGAGCUGGGUGGAUGGGUUCUGGCACACUUUGUGGAAGGGUCCACUCACACUUUCCAGCCCUGCCUGUACUCUCAGCCUGUGGAGUCAGGUCUCUUGUUUCCUCAGCAAUGGCCCAGCAUUUCUCAAACUCGACACAGGCAUGUGCCCAGAAUGUGCCCACCACGGUCUGCACCGAACUUACCUAAAGCAGCACCCAGCAUCCAUGCUCCACUGUAACCUGGGGAGCAUCCUGCAGAGCCUGCCAGCAGGGACCGGCUUACCCUGGCACAGCCUGACCCUGCAGCCUGCACGUUUGUGUUGUCCUGGGGGCUACAGUUUCUGCCCUGCUGUCUGUGCAAAGAGAACUUACCUGCUUUCCCACAACUCUCCAACAGCCCAGAUCCACAUGUGCCCCAGGCAUGCAAGCCAAACAAACCCAGGGCUGGUGCAGUGGGGCAGGGAGUGUUUUCUGUUUCCUCUCUGGGACUGGGGUCAGUGACCUUCCCCACAGAAUCAGCCAGUGCUGUUUGGGCUGUUUGCAAAGUGAAGAACUGGGCAGGGUCUUUGGGCUAUUCAGUUCCCUCAAGGGCCGAACGCUGGACCUCCACAAAAUUCCCAGCUCUGGCUGACCCAGAGAGCAAGGCUCUGAAUUCAGAGACCUUGUGACUAGAUCAGUGCCAGGGUCCUGCUUUGAACUGGAGACGUCCGUGUGGUGUGGGAGGGCUGGGCUGAUGUCGGUCCAUAAUGGACCGGAGUGGUGGAAGCAGGACAUCCUGGGCAUUUAUUUGGUCCCUACGGGAGCUGCAGCCUGUAGUCAUGAAGGUGUUUCUCUCCCUUCUCUGUCACACGUUUACGUGUGCACAGAUAACUGCAUCUGCUAUCGUGGAACCUGUCACUUCUUCUGGCCUCAGAGGCUCCAUUGCAAUUGUGGCUUUCUCUCUCUGUCUGCCAACGCUGGCCUAUUCUUAGUAAUCAUGCAACCAAGGAGCGAGUUCCAAAAAUUCCGUUGUUCAUCAUUCUGCCCCUCGGCCUGGGCUGUUGAUACUGUCCCUGGGACUUGGACGCCAAGUGCAGGGGUGGCUGGUAAUGAUACCAGACCCAUGUGAAACUCCACAUUCUUCCCCUCCCAAUGGAGUGGAGGGGAGUGGUAGGAGCCACUCUUCAGGACGUGGGCAUUGCAUUCCCUGCUGGAUUGGUGUGGCUGAAAGAUGGGCUCUGGGCUGUCAGUUGUGCACCCGAAGUUAGUAAAAGCCGAGGGUUGGUCGUGCUAAGUAACUACCACACAGUCUGACGUCGGAUCAAGUGUUAGAUGGCAGAUAAUUGCUCCAGAGAACCUCCCAGGCACGGCCAAUGUUACGCUGUCUGACCUGACAGCCGCACUUGUCCUGUCCAAAGAGUCACCUUGUGAAGGGGCAAAGUCUGGCACCCAUUGCAAUGGCCUCUGUGGGAACAGGAUUUAAAUAUCGUCGCUCGGAGGGCGGCAGGUGCCUGUUCCCUUGUGUGGGGUGUGACUAGUUGCUUGCCUUCCCCGUUGGAAAUAGCCUCUGGAGUGGAGAUGUGUGUUUAAGCCCUCUGGGUGGCACAGUCUGCUGCAAUAGAUGCACUGUAAGGGGCAGGUGGUGAGAUAGAUACUCUGCCUGGAUCAUUUAGAACUGGCCAUCCAAUGGGAAAAUGGCAUGAAAUGCAGGAUUCUCCAACGUGGUGUGAGGAAAGUUCACAGCAAGCACUAAAAGGAACAGCCCCAAUGUCUGAGUGAGGCUGGGUGGGGCAGACAGGUACAGGCGGGUGUUUCUAGCCAAGCCUGUGUAACUAUCCCGUGGGGGAGGUGUGGGACGCGUAUGGGGAUUUGCAGUAAUUGAGCCGAGUUCUGUUUACAUGUUGAUAUCACUGUGUUUACAAUCCUGUUUUGUGCGAAGUGUAAGGUGAAAUGAAGUCUGGUGUGCAGCCGAAGCAGUAAUACUUAACUACGCUGCUGGCUUUGUUGUGACUCAACCCACACAUUACAUGGUUGGAGUUGUGUGUAACCUGA